UUCUCGUUUCUUUGGCAAAUAUGUGCGUAUUUUGGUCGGUAAACAUGGUUGUUAGAGGAAGUUUCUCCCCAAGUGGAGUCUUUGGAAGUGUGUAUUUGUGAUUAGCUCCUCAUUUCUUUAUCAAACAGUCAAUCAGCAGGGUUGUGUCGGUUGGGCUGACUUCUGGAAGGGUGUCACCUCCCCCGUUUUCACUCGUGGACGCCUGUGGAAAGCCGCGUGUCCUGAAAGGGGCUGCGCGUUUUGGCCGAUAAAUCAGCCCCGCGGCGUGGCUGCGCCCCGGAUCGAGGCGAUUUCUUGGACUUUUUGAGACAAAAAGAGACCAACUUCCGUCUUUUGGCGCAGCAAGGCGGCCAACGCGUCGGCGUUUUGGGCAGAAAUCGGGCGCAGAGCGUGCACCUUUGCGCAGAGGACUGCUUUCAGUGCUGUGUGGCUCCGCUGGGUGCACAAAGACAGCGGCUCGCAGAGGAACUUGUUCAGAGUGAGCCGGGGACGCUGGGAGGCGAAAUAGCAAAGCUCCGGAGCUGAAGUAGCGACGAACGCGCAGUUCGAGCGGCCGAACGGCAAUUUCCCCCCCUUCUUCUGGGAAAUCCAAGGGUGGUCCUGGAGAAACCUUAGCUCCGUAUGGAUACCCGGCAGAUGGCGGGGACACGGUCUGGAAAAGAGGAUCUUAAAAAACAUUUGCGGGCCGCCGCCUCAGAAAGCCGGGAGCACCAAGACACUGAAAUGGAAGUAGACGAAAAGGUUGAUUUCGCCGCCCAGCCUCAAGCCAAGUGGAAGCCUAUCCCUCCCCUGCUGCCUGAGCUGCAGGAGCAUCCCAGGAGUCCCUACGCCAAGACCAGGAACCAGAGCUGUCAGACGGAGGAGCAGCUCCAGCACGCCACCACCUGCAGCCAUUGUCCCAAUGCAGGUUUGUGCGCAGAGCCUGGUGAUCCUCCUCUUCUUCAGCAGCCUCUGCAGACCUCCAAGUCAGGGAUUCAGCAGAUCAUUGAAUGCUUCAGAUCAGGCACCAGCCAGCUGAAGCACAUCCUGUUACAGGAGGUGGACACCAUCUUUGAGUGUAAAAUUUGCCGCAGCCUUUUCAGGGGCCUGCCCAACCUCAUCACGCACAAGGAGUACUACUGCUUAUCCCGCAUGCCUGAGCACGACGGUUCGUCGGGCGAUGACAGACACAGUGUGGCCAUAAAAGACGCACUGGACGCUAAAUAUUCCAGAGCGGAGCGGUCGGACUGUGUUGUCCGGCUCGAGCCCAUUCAGAGCACCACCAAGGCCGUGUAUCAGUACCUCACCACAGAGGAGGAGCUGGCCAGAUAUCCAUCACACACAACCAGCGCCAGAGAGAGUCCAGUAGUGUGGGAGGGUGAGGCAACAGAAGGCGCCGACAGCAAUCCCACCAACCCGCAAGGGGGACAAGAGAGUGUCGGUAGUGCGACGGAGGAGGAGGCCAAAGAGGAGCAGCAGCAACCAGAGGACGAAGGCUCCAACAGUGGAGUGGAAGAUGUGACCAUCUCCUGUUGUCUCUGCGGUCAAGACUUCAACUCGCGCCGCAGCAUCAGGCGCCACUGCCGCAAAAUGCACCAGACAAAGCUGGAGGAGCUCAGGAAGUUCACCGAGACGCGGACGGUUCCUACCAGUCUGCUUUCCAUGGUGAAAGGUCGACAGAGAACCCUCAGCACACCGACCGGAAAGUCCUGCCCCGUGUGCCUCAAGAGCUUUGCAACCAAAGCCAACACCCGGCGCCACUUUGACGAGGUGCAUCGAGGUCUGCGGCGGGAUUCUAUCACGCCCGCCGUCGCCCUGAAGCCCGGUCAGCCCUUCCCCCUGGAAACCACGCCUCCGAGGAAGAGCAAUAACUCGUCGCCGACGCGGAGCCACAAGUCCACUCCCGUGAGCUCCAAAUCUACGGCUUCAACGCGGAACCCGAGCAAACCUCCGAGCCAGCCGUCGGCGCCCGCUCAGGCCGGGACGACCUCCUGUCGCUGCACGGUUUGCAAGAGGAACUACAGCUCUCAGCUCAUGUUGAAAAGACACAUCCGUAUAGUUCACAAAACCUACAACAUGAAGAGUGACCGGAUCGCAGCGAGGCAGACCGCCACACCUGCUAACCCCACCAGUACCAGUGUGAGCCCCAGCGAAAACGCUGAGGUGAAGGAGGAGCAGGUGGAGCGCUCCGAUGAAGAGGAGGAGGAGGACUCUGACAGCAGUCCCGCCCCGUCUCCCGGUGACAGCGCCGGCACAGCUAAAGCGGGUUUGACUAACGCACCGAAAGAAGAAGAGGAGGAGGAAGAGGAGCAGCCAGCAAGCCCAAAGGUGGCAGCGCCGCCGCCGUCCGCUUCCCGUGCGGACAACGGCGCCACUGGCAACCUGGCUGCCAAAAUAUCCAAACUGUCGGUGGGUUUUGACUUGGAGCAGCUCUUCUGCAAGCUCUGCAAACGGCAGUUCAGCUCCCGUCAGAAUCUGACCAAGCACAUCGAGCUCCACACCGACGGCAACGACAUCUUCAUCAAGUUCUACCGCUGUCCUCUCUGCCGCUACGAGUCCCGCCGCAAGCGCGACGUCCUGCGCCACGUGACCGUCGUUCACAAGAAGUCCUCCACGUACCUGGCCAAGAUCAUGCCCAAACUGGAGAGCCGGGCGGUGAAGCGGCUGGCCGAGGUGGUCCUCAGCAGCUCCAACAAGAGGACGAGCAGCAACGGCAAGGAGGAGGUGAACGGGCGGCCGCUGUCCUCCUCCGCGCCGUCGUCCCCCGCCACCCCCCGCAAGCAGGAGUCCUCCACUCCUGCCUCAGCUACCUCAUCCGGUUCUUCGCUCGCCCCCGUCACGCGGAAGCAGCAGGAGCUGUCAUCGUCGGCGAGCGCCGGCGCGUCUCCUCCUAUCACCCGCAAACAAGAGAGGCAGCAGAACCGCUCCGUCAGCCCGCCCCUCACCCGCCGCAGCGAGAAGCACUCGCUGCAGCGGAACGCCGCCUCCACCACGCUGAUCAGCAGCCAGGCCCCCAACACCCGCAGGCACGAGUCCGGAUCUGACAGCAGGGCGUCCUCCACCGAAGUCAAAGUGACGAAAAACUUCUCCCUGCAUGCGUGCGAUCAGUGUGGGCGGGCCUUCGCCAAGAAGCUUUAUUUGGAAUCUCACAAGCGAAGUCAUCGGAACGCGGCGGUGGCGGCAGCCAGCAGGAGGAAAGGUGUCAGCACGCGCUCCAAGUCCCUGAUGUGGUGAAGCCGCCGCCCACCUGUUGAAGACGAAGGACUCGAACCACUAACAAAGACGGAGCAAAUGAAGAUUCACCUGAAAAAAAAAACAAGAGGAUGCUGGGAAGAGGUGGAUAAACAGAAAGUGGUGGAAGUAGAGACGCACACUUACUGCACAAGAACCAACAAAACAGUUGGAAACAAACAGUAGUUUUCGGAUGAAACCAGGCAGAGUGACUGGAAGACUGACUCCUGCUGGAUUAUCCGUGUAAUGACGCUCUAGAAAACAGACACAUACACAUUUGCUGCUGCCUUUUGCGUGUCCAUGCGUGAGGAAGAGCUUCAGGCUCCACAAAAUACCCUUUUUUGAGUUUUCUCCAGUUUUCUGUCUCUAUAAACCUAAAAAGCAAAUCGUUCCUACACAUAUCUCCACAAAUUCAGUUCACUGCUUACACUCUAUUUAUACGACAGAUUAGCUUUUAUUCGUAAUUUUUUUAAUUGCUUUCCUCGUGCCCGGCUCAUUAAAUUAUCCGUCAUCUUCACCUUUUAGGGAGUAUUGGGACAGGUUUUUGAAAGGAUGAACAUGAAAUGUCCCAAGUGUUGGAUUUUAUCCUUCAACCGUCGCCCUGGCCUCCAUCCUCAGUGCCUGAAACCCAGCUGUGAUCGGCGGAAAGCUGACUAAAUAAGACGUCUGCUUCUUCUUAAGUUUACAUGAACCUUUUCUGCUAAUAUAAGUGAAGAAAAUCAAACACUGGAGCUUAUUUAAAAUGAACUUUUCCAUUCAAGGGGAAUUUCUGCAUCAGUUCUGCUUUGAAUGAGUUUUCUUUGCAUAACAUGUGUUGGGGGGGGGGGGGGGGGGGGGGGUCGAAAAGCCUUCAGGUAGUCGUUGAAACACUGGUGAAAGUGACUCGGAAAGCUGGAAGGAAGACCAAAUGUAGGAACGCCAGGAACAAAACUAGAAUGAAGAAAAAGACCAAACUUUAUUUUUUGAACAGCAAAAUGCUUGUGCAAAAAGGUCUUGACUACUUAAACUGUACAUAUGAACUGAUUCUGCACAGAUGCUGAGAAGAAUAGUUCUGAGAAUCACUCUUAAUAUUAUUAGCCACAUGCGUUGGUUGACUAAAUGCUUCAAAUUGAGUUUGUUCAAAAUCUUGGGGCCGAUUUUUCAAUGUUCGUCUUUUAGUUGUGUAUUUAUAGUUUUAUUUUGAAGGACGUUUUUGUUAAGUUAAACCUCAAAAGGCUUUUUUAGAUGUUUGUUUGUUUUUUAAUCUUAAGUUCUGCUGUUACGAAGCUCACUCUGUAGAAAACUUCAGAAGAGUUAGAAAAGCCUUUCAGAUGUCCCAAGAAUGUUAAAACCAAACACUUAAUAAAAACAUAAGACUUUAAA